GCUGAGCGGUCUCGAGCUUAUGCCCGUUCGGUCUCAGUCAUAUCUGGGCUUCGAUCACUUAUUAUGCGGUAUAACAUCACCAAACAAUCUCUAAAAGUACAACUUACCACAAUCACUUCCUCCAUCCUCCCCCUGUUCAACACCAUUACCUCAACCGCAAUCAUGACUGUAACCGCGCAUUUGUACCAUCCCGACUUUCUCCCCGCCUGCCAAACCGGCGAUUUUGAAGCCGUCACCAAGAUCCUCAAUCACGAGACUCCACAGGUAUCAACAGCCCAGCUACAAGACGGUCUCACAGAAGCUGUACAGGGAGGGCAUCUCGCCGUAGCAGACGUCUUGCUCUCUAGCGGAGCCAGUGUGAAUCGGACAGCCAUUCACCGUGCAAUUCUCCGCGGCGACCCAGCUACAUUCAAAGUCUUUAUCAAAAAUGGGUGGGAUGUUAACACGACUGAGUUUGAGGAGGGGACGGCGCUUAGAAGAUCCGUCGGGAACCCGCCCCUUAUGCACUUUCUUCUCACCCACGGCAACGCAGACCCCAACCUCCUCUCCAUGCCCCCCAUGAGAGGCAGAACUCGCCGCGCCGCCUCGGCAUUCACCACCGCCAUCGUCGCCGAAGGCCAACCAGGCGCCGACGCCAUUCGCGCCCUUUUGGCUCACGGCGCCGAGUUAGAGCCCAACAUGCUCCAUAGCGCCAUCGAGGCUAGUUGCAGAUGGAGGAACGUUCCUAUGAGCAAAGACCACGCCUGCGCGGAGAGGGUCCGAUUGCUCAUUGAUGCUGCUGCUGCACAAAAAAUCAAAGAGGGGGACAAGGAAAAGGACAAGGGCGUUCAGUGGUACUUGAACUAUCUUGACCCCAAGAAAAAGGGCACGCCGCUGCAUUGUGCGAUUUGGUGGAGGAGGCUGGAGACGGUGCAGGUGUUGGUGGGGGAAGGAGCGGUUGUGGCGGGGUCGGCGUUGUAUAGGGGGAUGACGGUGAUACAGGCGGCGAGGAGGAGGGCGGAGAUGAUGGACGGUCAAGGCCAUGAGGAGGCCAAGAGGAUCUGGGAGUGGUUGACGGGGAGGAGGUGGGAGGAUCGCGGUAGGGAGAAGGAGGAGAUCGAGGAUGGGGAAGAUGGGGAGGAGAGUAGCACCUUGACGGCGGAGGAGAACGGGGCGGAAGUGGCUGAGAAUUGUGCAUGUGGUGAAAACACCUCUACGGGGAUGGGGAGAGAUAGACCGUACCUAGGGUUUGGAGCGUUGGAUAUGAAGCUGACAUUGUUCGGUCAUAAUAACUAGAAUAAGGUAGUCUAGAAGCCCGCGCGAUUUUUUUUUUCUUUUUUCAAAACGGUCGCGGGAAGGUUGUACUUGACGUGGUGGGUGAGCGAGUCGAUAGCAUGGGUUCCUGGGAAAAUCAAGAAGAGGAGUUAAACAC